UGUUGGAUUUUUGGGCAGAAAGAAAGUUGUCCUCCCCCGUGUGUCCAGAUAGAAAAAAAAUAUGGAGGAAGCAAUAAAAGUGUUGGGCUCUGCUCUCUCUCACAUCAAAUGGCGCCUCAAAUUUCCAGCCAAAAAUCGUCUUCAAAUAGAUAUUGUAGCUUUGCUGACAGAAAUGAGGCCAGUUAUAAUGGUUGACUAUGGUGGAAAGUUGCCCGAAUUACAAGACCAUCUUUGUGCUCUUGUUAAAUUUUGUCAACAGGAGUCGGCUAUUUUUGAGAAUCUUAGAGUGAUGGUGAUAGAAGAUAUGAUAUAUCUGAUACAUGUAAGAGAGCUUGCUGAGUAUGUUAAGUCAAGCUUGAAUUUGGAAGUAGAAUUGUUCUUCAUCAAUCUUGAAGAGGAUCCUCCCAAGAUGGUAACACAAGCGGAGGAAAGUACUUUAGUUACAGAGCUUAUAAGAGUUCAGAAGUUGUUCUCUUCAUUUUUUCCCUUGAAUGGAAAUAGCAGUGACCUCGUGUCACAUCAAAUGCUAGAUAGUGUGGCUAAUGCUGAAUCCUCCAUCAAUAAGCCUGCCACUUCUCAAUCAUCUGAGUUCGUUGAUCUUAGUUGCUGCAUGCAGGACACCGAGAUCACUGUACCAACUUUAAAUGGAUGGCUCCUUGGCUAUCCAGUCGUGUACUUGUUCAGCAAGCAGCACAUUGAAGAUGCCAUAUAUAAUCUUUCCACUAAAUAUCUUCGUAUCUUCCAAAUUACAGUCAGCAGGUAUGCUUCACCGAAAAAAGGAUCUCAGCCAGAAGAACUGCUGAGCUUCUCGGUGCCAUAUGAACUGAGCAUGGGAGGAAGCAAAGAACCAUGGGCCGUGGCAUUUCUUGCACAAAUGCAGACAAAGUGGGCAAAAUGCAAGCCAACUUGGAGGUCCUUGAAGAUGGAGGUGAGUGAGUGCUAUCCACAGGCAAUCGUCUUGUAGCAAUGACCCGUCAAACUCCAACUCUUCAAGCCUGCAGAAGGAAGUGGAGGACUGGUUUCUUUGCUCAAAUAUAAUUAUUUUGUUGUGUCGGUAUGCAAAAUGUCAUCGGAGGAUACCUUAUACUUAAAAAGAAAAGGAACGAAGAUAUCCUCUGAAAAUGAUAUUUCCUAUUUAUGUAUUUAUGACAGACCUGACUGAGUUCCAUCGUUUUAAUUAAUCCGAUUUUCGCUGAUUUGAAAUGAAA